UUACAAUACCGCAAUCACACUCACUCAUUGCCCAUUCCCUUCCCCUUCCCCCACCCCACACCUUCCUCCCAACUCUUCUGUUUCUUGCCCCAGUCCUUUCACUUGUUGUUGUUAUCAUUAUUGUCAUCAUUCUCUCCAGUGGUUUUGUUUUUGAACAGUUUGUGCCAGUCUUUUCUCUUCCAUUUGUCCUCCAUCUUCUCCCCACUGUCUUCUACCGCCUUUCUGUAGUACAACGCAUCUCACUCCCUCCCAUUCUGUUGCAGUCCUGGGAGGUUCGUGUAUCUGUGCAUAAGCGUAUUCCUGGUCUUCCAUAGGGAAUUCCUGAAGCAGAAGAUGAACAGGUCGAAGCAGGCUGCUGGGGUCCCUUGCUGCUUGGUCAGGUGGCCAAAAAACACCACCUCUCUGGUUAGGGUCUCGACCCCUGUCACUAUCAUGAGGAAUAUGAUUACUCUCUACCAUCCUCCCCCAGUGUAUGGGCAGUUCUAGAGGAGGUGGUCAGUUGUUUCCUCCUUCUACUGAUGAGUUUGCCUGGGGCAGUUCAAUGGGCCUCUCUGUCCCUCUUUGUGUCUUACCCAUACGGGGAGCGCUCAGUGACCUACCUGCCAGUUCACAUCCCUGUGCUCCUUCUGCAGAUCCUUGUGGAAGAUUCACUAGGUAUGUAUGUCCAUGGGCAACAGUCUGUCCCUUGCCCUUACUACCUACUGUAUCUUGAAGUGGUUUUGUUAUAGUCACCAGAGCCUUACAGCAUAGCCCGUAUCUCCUUCAGGACCUCAUAGAACUAUGGCAGUUCCAUAGGCCACAGGUACAUGUUGAACAGUGCACAUACCCACCAACACCCAUUAACCCAAAACCAAAAAACUUACAAUUUAGCACACACCUCAUUGGGCUGGGCCCCACCAGAGACAGCAGAGUUUCAAGUCAUGCUGACCUGACAGCUCAGCACUGUUCAGUAUAUGUGUGUACUCCAGAUACCAACCCCUGCCACAAAAGGUCCAUGUGCUAAUUAGCUCCCCCAUUCAUGACUGGAACAAGGUGUUCUUGUGAUGAUUCCUGGGAUUCUCCAAAAAUGUAUAUGCACUUGAGGUGCAAGGCAAACUGGUUUGGCUCCAUCGCAUGGAGGGUGGAGCUACAUUAAUCAUAUGCGACAGGCUGAGAGAGGAGGCAACAGAGGGAUUCUACGUAAUCUGUUUGGGGUCUUGUUCAGUGAUGUUUGCCAAAUAUUUAAGACUUUUAAAAAAGAGGAAUAAUUGGAAAAGGGAAAGAAAGGGCGAGAGCAGCUGUAGGAGUGUGCGAAGGAGUGAGAGGCGGUAAACAGAACCCCCAGGGUGCCUUAUGUGCCAGGAAGGGGAGACUAAGGGCGGAAGAGCAGCCGGCAGAGAGGGGAAGUGAAAGUAAACAGAACUCACAGUGUGCGCAGAUGGUGAGGCUGAAGGUGGAGACUGGAGGAGAAGAGAAGCGAUCGCAACAACACUUACAGAGAAGCCUCUCACUCUGGAUUGGAGAAGGGAAGCUGCCAGGAGGUAUUUCUGGCCCCGGAGAAGGGCAGAAGGGGUCGAUUUCCUGCAAGCCGCUGAGAGGAAUGGCUGAGCUCCUGAAAGCAGGUAUUGCUGAUCCUGCCAGAGAAAUGCUGCUGGAGUGACCAAAAGAAGGAGGUAGGUGGAGGCUUGCCUACACAAGGAUUCUGAUAAGUCAUGGAGCAGAGUGACGGCUGAGGAUCUCGGGAGGAAGACUGCAUUUCUCAGGUUUGGAAAUAUCGGCUGGGCCUGGCUUGCACUGUGCCAUCUGUCUUCCUGUCUAGGGCAGGUGCUGAUAGAACAAACACACUGAGGCGUGAGCACAAAAGAGCUGGACCCCAUAUCUAGUAGUCAUGCUCCAGAAAAGACUGUGGUUCUUUCGCAGGUGGUGCCAUUGUUCUAGCCCCUUUGUCCAGCUCCUCACAUUGACCGUGGUGACAUUUGGUGUGCUGGCUCCUUUGGCUUGUCAUCGGCUGAUCCAUUCCUAUUUCUUUUUACGACACUGGCACCUGAACCCCAUGAGCCAGGAAUUCCUGAAGCAGAACCAGGAGGAGGGUCAAGCUGCCCUCCAUUACUUUGAGGCCCUGCAGGCUCCAAACUCCUCAGAGAUUUCAGGUGCUGAGGCCCUCAGGCCACACCUGCUGGUCACCAUCAUCACUGUGAAGAGACGGAAUGAAUUCCAUUACGUCCUGCAAGUGGCAUCCCACUUCCACCGCCUCCUCCAGAAGUGUGGGUCUGGCUGCCAGAACUACCAGAUCUUCCUCUGUAAUGUGGAUAUGGACCCCAGCAGCCACCAGGAUGUCCAGCUGCUGAGCAAGUUCUUCACCACAGUCAACCGCUACAGAAAUGGGGACGACCCUGAGGCCUCAGUAAACCAAUUUGAAAAGGAGAAGCAGGACUAUGCCUUCUGCCUGGAGCAGUCAUUGCUGGCUUACAAACCAGAAUAUGUCCUUCUGGUGGAAGAUGAUGCUGUUCCAGAGGAAGAUAUAUUCCCUGUCCUGCAGCACCUCCUGCUGGUACGGCUCUCAAAGCCACACCUCAGAAAUGCUCUCUACUUGAAACUUUACCACCCUGAGAGACUUCAGCACUACAUCAACCCAGAGCCCAUGAGGAUCCUGGAGUGGUUAGGGAUGGGCAUGUUUCUCGGUCCCCUGCUGAGCUCCAUGUACUCCUGGGCAUUUGGCCGCCCAGCUGUUAGCUGGCUCAUUAUCUUCUUUUUUUUCUUGUACACUAUGGCAUUGGCUGAGUUGGUGGGGCGCCACUAUCUGCUAGAGCUGCGCCGGCUAUCUCCUGCCCUCUACAACCUAGUGCCUGUCACCGAGUGCUGCACGCCAGCCAUGCUGUUCUCUGCCCCUUCUGCCCAUCGUGCCUUAUACUACCUGAAGAAACUGUACUGCCGCCAGGGCUUUGCCAAGGACAUUGCUCUCUACUCCCUGCUGCGCCCUCAGGGUGAGAGGGCCUAUGUAGUGGAGCCAAACUUGGUCAGACAUGUGGGGAUGUUCUCCAGCCUUAGGCUAAAUGGCAACCCAAAGCUGCUGUGAGCCACUGAAAAAUGCCUUUAAGGUUGCAGUCCACACAAAGCCUUGUUAUUGGCCAGAGAUAUUAUAUGUAAUGCUGGCUUUCAUGCCAGUUACAAGAGUACUCAGAACUACCUGUGCCUCCUUAUGGAGGGAAAAUAUUUUCUUUUUUAAGAAAAUUUACUUAAAUAUAAACAAAUUAUUUAAACUUUUUAAUGGUUACCUUAGAAUUGAGAGGAAGGAACGGAAAGGCUCUCAGGGAAACCGUGGAUAGGUUUGCUCCUCUCUAGGACCUCACCCAGCCCAUUAAAACACCACACUCUCCUCAUUCAUACCUCCGAAGGUGGUGUGAAUGUCUGCUUCAUGCAUGAGAGAGAGCAGAUUCUCCACACAGGCCUUUAUCCUUCAACUGGAGGAGCCCAGGGGAGCUUUGUCAUUAAUUUAAAUAGGGGUAAACCCUUAAAACUGGGCUUUGAUGUGCUGCCACCUAUUUUCCUUUGCCAUGGAUUUUACAUGCUGGUCCAGUUUGCUUCAGUGGGAGGUUCCAGCAUGAUCAUGCUUUGAUGCUUUAUUCCAUGGCAAGAGAAGUAAAGGAAAGAUGCAGCAGGGCAUCACUGCACGAUUAUUUUGUCUCAUGGUGCAGUUAGAUAUAGGUAACAGCUACAGCUGAGAGAUCCAGGAACAGCUGGGCGCAGUCAUAAGAGCAAACUUCCACAAUGCAUCACAUUUAAAGGGCCACAAUUGAAUUGACCUGUUAAUUUGCUGUAAUACAUUGAUCCACCCAAUGGUGAGGGGGUGGAUAGUUGCCAGAAGCCAGCUGCUUUCUAGCAGAGCUGUGCAUUGUGUGUUCAAUUAAGAACAAAAAACACCUGAGAAUUAGGAUCCUGGAAAUUGGUUAGUAAUCCAGACUGGUUACAGAGGAUUUUCCACUAGCCUACCGCAAAGUCCACAAAAGUUAAUGGUGUCUUUUUAUUGGACUUCAUUGGACUUUACAUCAGGCCUGUGUGAGUAAAUUUGGGUCCAGCUAUGGAUGGAAUUUGGCUGAACUAUAGUAUCAUCUUGAAAUUAUGUGCAAACCCUCAAUUUUCCUGAUUUCCUCAGUGGGACAUAUUUUGGAGGGAGGAAGCAGAGAGGAAGUCCAAUGUAAGUUCUUUUUCUACUUGUUUGAACCUGAAGCUUAUAAACAAAAGAGACCGGGCAUGAGCCAAUGUGGAAUGAAACCAAUGGAAAAAACUGUACAGCUCCAGUUGCCAGCCCAUGAUGCUUAUUUGAUCUGUAAUAUAUGGGGAUAACACAGUUGGUUAGAGGAAGUCACUGUGGGUCCUGGCAGAUGUUACAUGUAUGGUGCAACUGAUGUGCUAAUCACACCAUAAAUGAGAGCAUGCCACACGUUCAACCAGUUUAUGAUACCACAAAAUGACAAACCAGCCACAAAGAUGUUUUACAUGCAGAUUGUCAGCAAGGGGACCAGAACAGCCGGAAUUGGAUUUGGGCUGUCCAGGGAGUUCUGUAAAUGCCAGGUAGGUAGACUGACUCACCACACCUGGCACUAGCAGAGCCACGUACCUGGCAGACUAAUUCAGGGCUACACUACAUGUGGCUUUCAACUUGCCACUGCACCUAGAGCCAGGGAUUGGGAUACCAGGUUCCACAUAUGCCAGCAAAUUUAAAGAGCACCACUGACUGCAUCUUCAGUACAUGAUUGGGAUCCAGUCCCUGAGCACCACAAUUGCAUGCCCUGCAGUGCACAGGUGACAUGGUUAGAUGCAUAAUUGUUGGGAUCUGGGAUCAGGUUCCAGUGCAUCAUUAAACUAAUAUCAGUCAGGGGCCUAGAACAUGGAACAAUGCCAGCUCAGGCAAACAUGCUUUCUAACAGAGGAUGCAUCAGAAACAAAGCAGACAAAAACAAUAUAAACAACAGGUGAAAGUCCCAAAGAUUCCAUACAGUGAUCAUGCAGCCUCUACCCAGAUGGAUGGUAAAAUCCUGUGAAACUCUGGAAUUUGAGUGUCAUUGCAAGUAUGUUUCACUAAGUGCCUGGAUGUGUGAUCAGACAUACGACUAUCUAUGCUGCCUCAAGUCUUGAACAUUUCAUAAAUGGGGCAUUUUCUUCCUUGUACUGUAUAAAUCCAGAACACACUAUUGUAUUUUGAGGGUUUAUUCAUGCUAGUGCUUGCAAAGAAAACCCCACAGGGUAUAAACAAAGUGCCAGAUAAUAAAAAGGAACCAAAUGCCAAUGCAUAAUUAAA